AUCUGAAACUGGAUCAAUUGCAAACAUAACUAAUAAGAUUUGACGCCAUGGAUAUGCUGAAACUACCAGAUUCAAUUUCAGCUGAAACAUUGUGUAGAUUAGCUAACGGGAAUACAUUAGUUGCUGGUUUUUCCUUCGUUCUUAUAUCCUUCUCCUUGCUCUUCCAACUAAUCCGUCCUUUCUUUCGCCUUACAAAACAACCUCCAAUCGUCCUUGAAAUCAUGGCAGGACUUUUUUUGGGAAAUGUAGGGUUCAUGGUUGAGUAUCUUAACUUGUUUUCAAGUCACACAUUCGCAGCAAUUUCAGAAAUUGGAAUGAGUUGUUAUGCUUUAGUUUUAGGGAUAAAUUUUGAUGUAACGCUACUUGGACAUACCCCACCUGAAGCCAUAGUAGCUUACACUGGGAUUUUAUCAACUGUCCUCGUCGCUGCUACUACAGCUGUACCACUUAUACAUUUUGGAUUUGACCAUGACAUGAAGGAUACUGCGAAUUUCGGAUUCAUAUUGGCCUUGUCAUUAACCGUGGCAGGUACUUCUUCUCCAGUGUUAACACAACUAUUUACUGAAGCAAAUUUCUCUAGAUCGGAUAUCGGGAAACUAGUUACUGGUGAAGGAAUCUAUACUGAGUUAACCACUAUGAUUCUUCUCGGUAUUAUUUCGUUUUCCCGGAACAAUGAAAUUGAUAACAAGAAGCCUUCUAGGUCAAUAAUAGGAGCUUCUGUAAGUUUUGUUUCUACCGUCCUGGUUCUCUAUUGCCUAUAUAAAAUGCUGCCAUUGCUCGCAAACUGGAUGCAGAAAAAUAACCCGAAAGGAAAACCAAUGAGAGGCAUUGAUGUGAUUCUGCUUGUAGGUAGCAUGUCGUCAAUGUGCUUAUUUCUACCUGCGAUUUUAGGCUUCAGUCAAGCCAUGACGUCUUUCGUGAUUGGAUUAUGUUUUCCUAGAAAAGGAAGACUAACAUACGUUUUGCUCCGUACACUUAAUCAGCUUUUGAGAUUUUUUUUUUUCCCAAUCUACUUCUGUUGGAUAGGUACAAAUAUUAGAUCAUACAAGGAUUUGAAAUCAGAGUCUUACAAGUACAUAUUCGUAAAAUUGUUCUUCCUUUACGUAAUUAUACUGAGUGGGAAAAUUUUAGGAGCUCUAAUUUCUGGUGUUAUUUUGGGAUUUCAUUGGCCUAUCGCAGUCGCAAUAGGAUUGUUUCUCAACGUCAAGGGUCCAUUUCAUAUUUUCAUUGCCACGUUCGCCGUCGAGAACGAAUUCAUGGGCGCUGGCAGCUUCCUCGUGUUCCUAUUACAUGCUGUACUCUCCAUUUCAGUGAUUCCUUAUAUCAUGAAAUUCGUCAUCCAAAAGGCACAGAUGGAACUUACACACCCGUUGAUGGCACUCCAAUGGUUUGACUCGAAUUCUGAACUUCGUAUGUUGGUUGGUAUCCAUGGACAUCAGAAUGUGCCAACCACGAUAAAUCUCAUGGAGAUUUCUCGAGGUAGUGGUUCACCUUGCAUUUCAGUGUAUUUAACUGAUUUGAUCGAGAUGAACGACAAGCACUCGGCGGUGUUUAUACCUGAUUACCAAGAAGAUGACUGUCCCUCAUCAGCAGCAGCAACCAAAUAA